UUCCAAAACAAAAAUAACAUUUACUAUCUAUCUAAUUAUAGUUCAACGAAUUUAAAAACAAACUGUAGAAUAUAUAUAGCUCAUCUAUUAAGAAAACUAAAAAGCUGAGAGAAUAGUAAUCUUUCUUCCGUUCGAUUUUCUAAUUAUUUACUUCAUGAUUAUUUGCCUACAUGGAGACUCGUAAGAUAUAACAACUCUCUGAUGUUUAAGCUUAACUUUAAUUUCGAGGCGAUUAUGAGUUAUAUGAUUUUUUCUUCCUUGUUUUACUUGUGAGCACUAGUUCAUGGAAUUUCUUGUAAAGUAAUAUUUGAAUACUUAUCUGAAUAUUUAUUGUUAAAGAUUAUGCAUGAUGUGUUUAUUUUAUAUAACCCAUUCAAAAGUGGGUUAGCUUCCAUAUAAUUUGUGAAGAAUUUAUACAAUACGAAAAUAUUUAGUGACAAAAACUUAAAUGGCAAAUCUGUUUAUGUUCUGACGUAGACAGUACAAAUAUCGUAGUCCAUCGUAAGCAAAUCUAUACAGCGUCACAAGUCGAACCUAGCCGUUUUGCAAAAUUCCAAACCAUAUAAUGUCACUACUAGUUUCAUCUCAUCGAUCAGAUCUAAAUAUUGAUAUUCUCGAAAUGUACUUUGUGAUAUGGUUGUUGCAAAUCCAAAAUUUGGUAGCGUGGCCUUCCUGUCUUCUGAAUCUUUGAUUACUUAAAAGUCGAGUAUUUUAUUUUUCAUUCUUUAUUUUAUUUUGUCCGUAUAUUAAAGUAAUAUUAUGCCGAAAAGGUUAGAUGUACAUGAAAUAUGUAGAUCUUACUGAAUCUCUAUGAAUGGCAGAUUGUGAGAUAUUUCUAAAGUGAUUGCUUUAGAAUAUUCACAGAUAGAAGAUCGAAAAAUAUAAGAGUUUCACUAACUUUGUUAAUAAACAAAUGAAAAAGCCGCACCAGCGUAUGCAAACGCACCACUUCUCUUCCUUUCGUUCAUUUUAACAUAUCUACAGUCUACUGAAGUCUGAAACUGUGAAAAGCUUACAUUAUCAUGUUAUUUUUUUUUAAUUUCUGAGGAUGCUUAUGUGCUGUAAAUGAUUCUCCUCAUCUCAUGCAUCAUGGAAUGAUAGCAAGAAAAAUAGCUAAGGCUAAGUAGAAUAAUAAUAUUAUUGGUAAGUAAGAAUAUUAAAAUAAAAUAAACCUAACUAUUUUUUUUAAAUGAUCUUGUAGACAGACACUCUAGAAGAUAUUUGUGUUAUAUUUAAAAUCAUUCUCCAAAUCUAGAAAUAGUUUUGUCGAUAUUUAAAUCAUUUUCUAUAUAUAACAGAUGGAAUCCAAAUAUGUUAAUCAUUUAAAUGCAAAUCUAAAGAUCUAUCAUAUUUUAUUUUAUUUUAUCAUCUGGAAAUGUUGAGCCAUAUAGAGGUAGAAAAGCUGAAGCAACCAUGAAUGUGUUAGCCAUCUGCAAUUUCAGCAUGCGAUUCAUAUACGCUUAUGUUGGAGUUCCCGGGAGAGCACAUGACACGAAGGUGCUGACAUAUUGUGCUACUGAAGAAGCUUCUUUUCCUCACCCACCAGCUGGAAAGUACUACUUGGUCGACUCAGGUUAUCCAACAAGAGAUGGUUACUUAGGUCCUCAUCGCAGAACCAGAUACCAUUUGGAUCAGUUUAAUAGAGGAGGUCCACCAUCAAACACUAGGGAACUGUUUAACCGCAAGCAUUCUGGUUUGAGAUCAAUCAUUGAGAGGACUUUUGGUGUGUGGAAAGCUAAAUGGAGGAUUAUGGACAGAAAACAUCCCAAGUAUGAGCUGAAGAAAUGGAUAAAGAUUGUGACAGCCACAAUGGCCCUCCACAACUUCAUUCGGGAUUCACAGCAUGAAGAUAUCGACUUUUUGCAUUGGGAAGGAGUGGAAUCAUAUGAACAACAUGGUGAUGAACAACAUGAUGAGCAUGUUCAAUACAUACCAGCAGGUGAUAGAGUGAUGGAGAGUGUACGUGACUCUAUUACUCUAGAGAUGGCAAGAGGAACUAGACUUCCACAUUAGCAUUAAACAGGUUUGAUACCUGAUCGUAUUGCUUGGAGUGUGGGAGUUCUUGCUUGGAAUAAACGUAUUGCUUGGAGUGUGGGAGUUACUUGGAUCGCAAGCCAUCUUUUAAAUUUCAAUUUUAUAAAAUUUGAGUUUGUACUUUGUGUUUCUACUUUGAAUUGUUUAGAAGUUUAUUCAAAUUCGAGUUUUAUUAGAAGCUAUAAAUUUUAAUGCAAUUUUAAAUAAAUGAAUGAAUAUAUGAAUUUUAAAUAAAUGGAAUGAAAUUUAUAAAUUUAUAUGAAAUAAAAUUUUAUAAAUGUCAAAAUGAUAAUAUUAAAGUAAUUUUAGUGUAAAUAUAUUUUAGAUUAAAUAAUAUUAAUUAAUACAGUUAAAAUUAAUAUCAAACAUAUGAU